UAAUACCGAUGCCUGACGUACACCAUCACGCCCCUCCGACAGAACGAUCCUAUCGGUCCUUCCUUUUCGUCUUCUUUUGUACUUGGAUAGGACUUCAGUUCCCGUCAUGUAACGCGGCGGAACCGGAAGCUCCCGUGCUUUCGCCGCCCGCCCCGCGGAUGGGCGGGAGCGUCGGGGGAGCGGCUGCCGGGGUCUCCGGGCGGCGCAGGAGGAAGACGAGGCCGAGCGACGUUGAGCGACCCGGUGCGGGGGAGGUGCCCAGGGCUGGAGCGGCCGCCCUCCCCCCCGCCGGGCAAAAUGCCCCGCCGGAAGCAGCGUAACCCACAGCCAGUCAAAGUGGAGGCCAUUGGAGCUCCCGCUGAGCCCCCGGGAGACAGCCUGGCGCCGCAGGGCAGCUUCCUCCUGGAGGACGAGCUGGAGGACAGCGGCGACCAGAUGCUGGCUUUCGAGAAAGAUUCAGAAGACUCACUAGAGGGGACGCCUGAGGAGGAGUUUGGACCUGUGUGUCAGACCCAGGAGGACAGAGAGACUGAUGGUGGUCCCGGCCUGGCCUGUCAACACUGUGGCCUGCCUUCUGGCUCCGCCCCCUGCCGUCCCUGCCCGGAGGUGGAAGAAGGAUCCCCUAAGGAGCGCAUUGUCUUCUCCUGCCAGCUGUGCCCCUUCGCUUCGCAUUACUCCAGCCACCUCAAACGGCACAUGAAGACUCACAACGGUGAAAAGCCUUAUCGCUGCCCACACUGCUCCUACGCCUCGGCCCAGCUGGUCAACCUGACGCGCCACCUGCGCACCCACACAGGGGAGAAGCCAUACCGCUGCCCCACUUGCCCAUUUGCUUGCAGCAGCCUUGGCAACCUCAAGAGGCACCAGCGAGUCCACGGCCAGGAACGGCUGCCGCGCUGCAGCUCCUGCAACUGUCGCUGCAUCCACAACAACUCUCUCCAGCACAACAGCCAGCAGCUCCAGGGAGAAUCAGAGCCAGAGUUGGAGGGACCUCCUGUAGCUGACCAGGAGACAGAGCCACUGCUGCCUGGUUCCCCCUUUCUGCGGCCUGAAGACUCUGCCACUGUUCUCCCCGAGCUGCUAUUCCCAUUUACCUGCCGAGCCUGUGGACUGGUUCUGGAGGCUGACGAGGGCCUGGACGAGCCAGUGUGCGGGCGCUGCAGCCUGACAGUUAUGGGGACCGAGCCUGAGUCUCCUAAAGGCUUCUCGUGCCAGCUGUGUCCUUUUGUUACCACCUAUCCCAACCACCUGGCACGGCACAUGAAGACCCACAGCGGUGAAAAACCUUUCGCCUGUGCCCUCUGCCCAUAUGCCUCGGCCCACUUAGAUAACCUCAAGCGCCAUCAGCGAGUGCACACUGGCGAGAAGCCUUACAAGUGCCCGCUGUGCCCCUACGCCUGCGGCAACCUUGCCAACCUCAAGCGCCACGGCCGCAUCCACUCGGGGGACAAGCCCUUCCACUGCCGCCUCUGUUCCUACUCCUGCAACCAGAGCAUGAACCUCAAGCGCCACAUGCUGAGACAUACCGGCGAGAAGCCUUUCCAGUGCCGCACCUGCCCCUACACCACUGGGCACUGGGACAACUACAAGCGCCACCAAAAGGUGCAUGGGCAGGUCUUGACAGAUGAAGGGGAACCAGGCCCCGACAGCGGGAUGCCCUAAAGCAGGGAGGAGAUUCCUUGGCCAUUUUCGGGGGGUGGUCCUGAAAGCUUCCGCACAGAACAGUAGCCAUCAGCCUUCACUGCCUGUGGGGGUCGACGUCAGGAUCUGACUUGCUAGCAAGCUUCCCGGGACUGGGUGGAAGCUGUGCAUACCUCGGGGGUGGGGGUUUACCUUGUAAGCUCUGAACUGUGCUCCUGUUCUGCCCAAACACUUCUGAGGACUGGAGAAAGCAAACCAUGCCAUCUGCUCCUUAAGGUCCCAUCUCACAUCAGUGUGAUUGAUUCGGCCUGCUGCUCUGAGGGGGGCAGCUAAAGAUGAGGGAGGGGAGGGGAAAGUUCCUGGUGCUUUUUCUGUCUUUUGUGCCUGCCUCACCUCCCCCUUCCUUUAACUGUGGUUGCUGCUUGAGUCUGUGUAAUUUAUAUGGUGUAUUAACGCAUUAAAUGGUUUUCUUAUCUUGCUU